AUGGAGCUUCGAAAGGACCGCCAGAUCAAGUACUUCCUGCGCUGCCUCAAGACUCUUCUUCCACACCCUUAUACCUCCAAUGAUUCCAAUCGCAUGACUCUGGCGUACUUUACUCUCGCCGGCCUUGACCUUCUGGGCGCGCUGGACGGCGCCGAUGAGGAGAAGCCAGCUAUCUCAGCGGCUGAGCGAGCUGGAUAUAUCAACUGGCUGUAUCACUGCCAGGUCUCGACAGGAGGCUUCCGUGGCUUCACAGGUGCAAAUUUCGGUGAAGAGAAGCGGACGAAGGAGAACGAAUGUUGGGAUCCGGCGAAUGUGCCUGCUACCUUCUUUGCGCUGGUUGCGCUGCUCAUUCUCGAGGACGACCUGGCGCGGGUUCGACGGAGGGAGUGUCUCUCCUGGCUGUGUAGCAUGCAGCGUGAAGAUGGCUCCUUUGGACAGACACUUGGCCCUGGAGACAGCAUUGACGGUGGUCGAGACCUGAGGUUCUGUUGCUGUGCGGCCGGCAUCAGAUAUAUUCUGAAAGGUGAGGAGAAUGAAGGGGAUAUUAAUGCCAAAAGGUUGAUAGACUAUGUCCAGGCUUGCCAGACGUAUGAAGGUGGCUUUGCAGAGUCUCCGUUCAACGAGUCGAAUGCUGGCUUGACAUACUGUGCGCUCGGUACACUGUCUUUUCUUGGGUGCCUACAGCCUGAGAAGAAGCUCACUUCCUCAGUUACUCUGCGUGGUUCGACGGAGAAUGAGCGUCUGAUAUCCUGGCUCGUCUGUCGACAGACCACCUUCAUUGAACAGGAAGAAGAAGAUAACGAUGUGACUGGAGAUAAUAACAGGGUUACAGAAGCACAAGGCCAGGAACCCCCUGGCACUCCCCUGGAUGAUGCUAUAGCCUCACUGCCGGCCCUAGAGGCAGACUCACAAUCAACCAGCCUCUACGCCGGAUUCAACGGCAGACCAAACAAAAUCGCUGACACCUGCUACUGCUUCUGGGUCACCGGUUCACUUGCAAUGCUUGACCGUCUCAGCCUGGUCGACUCGCAGGCCAACCGCCGCUACCUGCUCGAAAAGACGCAGCAUAUGAUCGGAGGGUUCGGCAAAACCUCUGGUGAACCGCCAGACCUCCUCCAUUCAUAUCUCGGCCUGGCAUCUCUGGGCCUCUUUGGCGAGCAAGGACUUGACGCCGUCGACCCUAUGCUGUGUGCCAGUCGACGUGUUCGAAGACACCUGGACUCGCUCUCGUGGAAGCAGACAUGA